UGGCCGCUUGCAGUGUAGUCUGGGAUUGCUUCCCUUCGUGUGUUGCAGUUUUACAGCGAGAGGAAAAUGCCGGAUCCGGCGAAAUCUGCUCCUGCUCCCAAGAAGGGCUCCAAAAAAGCCGUUACAAAGGUGCAGAAGAAGGACGGCAAGAAGCGCAAGCGCAGCCGCAAGGAAAGCUAUUCAGUGUACGUGUACAAGGUGCUGAAGCAGGUCCACCCCGACACCGGCAUCUCGUCCAAGGCCAUGGGCAUCAUGAACUCCUUCGUCAACGACAUCUUCGAGCGCAUCGCCGGCGAGGCGUCCCGCCUGGCGCAUUACAAUAAGCGCUCGACCAUCACGUCCCGCGAGAUCCAGACGGCCGUGCGCCUGCUGCUGCCGGGCGAGCUGGCCAAGCACGCCGUGUCCGAGGGCACCAAGGCCGUCACCAAGUACACCAGCUCCAAGUAAGGGACGCGACAGAUGGCCUAUAUAACCCAAAGGCUCUUUUCAGAGCCACUUCAGUGGUCUGAGAAAGCAGCUGUAAACACUGACGAUUGGUUAGCUUUUGCUUAGGAUGUGGUCAUGGCCACGAGUACGUUUUGGCUUAGAGGAGGGAUCCUCUUGUAGUGCAAUUGUGUCCCUCAGUCAAAUGAAUCUCACCAAUAGCAAAUGAUGCGGGAACUCAACAGAAAAAUAGGUUUCAUCAUAGCUCUCAUUGGUGCUUUUUUUUGUUUUUUGCGGGGGAGAAGAGAGAGGUGUGGCAGAGUUUGAGUGACCCCCCGCGUUUCUAAAUUUAGGUUUUCAAAAAUACCAAGCUGGGGUUUUCUCUAUCGUGGAAAGCCCAAGGUUCUCAGUGUUUCAACCUUUGUUUUACACUUUUAGACGUCACAAACUCAUGUAUUUGAUGCGUGUCUACAAAUUGACCUAGGCAUCCUCAAUUUCUAUCCCAGUGACUUCAACCAGGGAAGGUUUGCCCCUCCCGUGGGACACUCGGACACAGCAGGAAGUAACUUAUUGCGUGGUGUGGGAGGGUUGCAUCAAUGGGUAGAAGCUGGCAAUACUGAGCAUCUUAUAAUGCACUGGACAGUCCGUCAGAAUUACCUGGCUUACAGUAUUGCUUCUCAUACAGAGGUGGGAGACUCGACCCAAAAAUCUCCCUAUCCAUCAGAAUGGAAUCCUCACAUUCAUUUUUAGAUUUUUGAGGCAGGGUCUCAGCUAUGUAGUCCGAGCUGAGUUUGAGCUGGAGGUUCUGCCUCAGCCUCUAGAGUGCUGGUAUUACUGGCAUGAACUGUCAGACCUGGCGAUCCUCAUUUUAGUCACACCUUCCCUCAACUCCAGCCUGUUUUUGUACUGGGUAGAAGCUGAACUCUCCAUAGUCUUACUGGUUCGGUCUACAGGUCAUUCUACACAGGGAAACCGUCAAUUCCCAGGCCCAGGACCCUAUCUUGGUUCUGUAACUAACUUUCCUGUUAUUAUGAAUCGCCUCAGUUGGGUUGUUUUGGGGGGGGGGGGUUGUUUUUUGUUUUUGUUUUUGUUUUUUUGCCUCACUCGUUUUUAAGCAGUUACAGGUGCUUCUCAUGAAAUUUCCUGAUUUGGUCAAGUUGGAAGGCGGGCCUGGGGAGGUGAUUUUUAGAGUGUGUGUGUGUUUUGGAGGUAUGUUUCUGUAAUUGUCUAAAUGGCCUCAAACUUGUGACUUUUCUGCCUCAGCCUGCAGAAUAGCCAUGUGCCACCUCAUCCCAUUAAGAUGAAGCCAUUCUGAAUAAGUGAGGAAUUUACAUGACCAUUUUGCAUGUAAAGUGAAUUUAAUUGAUGAUUUUAUAACAGUUUAAAUUUAUAUUUACUUAAAAGUCAAAUAAAAUGUGCUAUAUUACUUCCUUCACUGGAAAUUUUAGAUUGUCACUGAAGUCCUCUUUUUCUGGCCUUUUUCUGAUGAUGGCCAGGCAAGAGGCCUGAGUAAGACGACUCAACGGUGUGCUUGUCAGAAUCCAGGAAGGUUAGAUUCCAGAAUGGUCACAGCAAUCAGCGAUACUGAACCUGAAAUAAUUUAAAUAAGUAGGGAUUUAGGAUUAAAGUCAUUGACUACUGUCACAUCUUUGAGUCUCCUAAUCUUUUUCAAUAAAAUGAAGAUUCUAACUGUUGGUCUUCAAGUUUUGUUUUUUG